AAAGGAGGUGCGGAAAUGACGUCAGUAUUGCGCGACAGCAGGUGCCUGACACCGGGUAGCGUGUCAAAUGAGACCCCUGAAGACAUCUAACUGCGUUUUUCUCAGAGGUUAUCUGCUGUCAAAGAGGACCGUCGGUCCAGAACUCAAGCAGACAUGUCGUACUGCAGGGAAGACGGGAAAGAUCGCAUCAUCUUUGUGACCAAGGAGGAUCAUGAAGCUCCCAGCAACGCCGAGCUGAUCGCAGAUGACCCCAAUGACCCCUACGAGGAGCAGGGCCUCAUCCUUCCUGACGGGGGGAUAAACUGGAACUGCCCGUGUCUCGGCGGCAUGGCCAGCGGGCCGUGUGGAACCCAGUUCAAAGAGGCCUUCUCGUGUUUCCACUACAGCAAAGAGGAGGUCAAAGGCUCCGAGUGCAUCGACAAAUUCCGCAGCAUGCAGGAGUGCAUGCAGAGGUUCCCUGAACUUUAUCCCCAGGAGGACGACAAAGAAGAGUCUGCUCCUGCCGGCAGCUCUGCCUCUGACAGUGACUCUAGUCCAACCGCCUCAGAGGAGUCACCCGAGACGCUGCCGCCUACAGACGAGCAGACGGCCAGCUAAAAGCAGACUGUGGAUGCGGCAGGAGCUCCAGUUUUUGGCUUGAACUUCAGGUGGUCUAAUGGAAGAAGAGCAGCAGAGACAUUGUAUCAUCUACAAAAAUAUGAGCUUCUGUUUUCCAAACUGUUGUAAUAGCAGAGAAGUCUGUUUCCUAAAGGUCCAGUAGAUGAGAAGCUCUUUCAACAAUAGUCUCAUUUUAUGCUUUAAGACACUUCUUUUUAUUGUGUUGUUGUUUUCAGCCUUCACAAACGUUGCGUAGCACGGAUUCCUCCAAAGCAGCCCAGUUGUUUGGAGCAUCGUUUGUGGACGCCUCCUAUUUUAUUUGAUUACUGGAGACCAAAGCUGAGCAGAAAUAAGGGCUGCUGUUGAAACCACUGUGCAGUUUACAUGUUUCCUUAAGUCUGAAUAUACAUGUUCAGUAGGAACUUCAGGGUCUUCGUCCCCCUCCUGCUGUCGCUGACACAGGAACUGUGUUUUACAGCUUGGAUGUUGAUCUCACUGACAUUCACGUGUUUUUUUUACAAAACACCCAGAUUAAAAAGACUUCUAAACUAA